AUGUUUCCUUCUCUUCGCGUGUCUCUGAACGGCCUGGACCCUCGUGAGGAGUACUGUGUAUUACUAGAGUUAUCCCUUGUCGGUCGACGACGUUGGCGUUGGGCGGGCGGCGCUUGGGCGGCUGCAGGUGGCGCUGAGCCUCAAUCACCAAGAAGGCUGAUGCUCCAUCCCGAUUCACCAGCCCCUGGACACCAUUGGACGGCGAACCCGAUCUCAUUUAGCAAGCUUAAACUUACAAAUAACACCAUGGAUGCGCAGGGUCAUAUGGUUCUAACAUCGAUGCAUAAGUACCGACCGAGGGUGCUGGUGGUGCGAGCUCGUGACGCCGCAGCCCUGGCCUGGGGAGCACCUCAUGCCUCCUUUUCAUUCCCUGAGACUGAAUUCAUUGCUGUUACAGCUUAUCAGAACGAUCGCAUAACAAAAUUGAAGAUCGACAACAACCCGUUCGCAAAAGGUUUCCGCGCGUGUGGACAAUCCAAAUGCAAGAGGAAAACCUCAGACCCAGACACCGGCUCUGAACCAAAUGAAUCUCCUGAGCCAAAACGACCUUGUUCUGACGCCGCAUCAUCAUGUUCUGAAGAGGGAAGCCUUAGAUCUACGUCACCUCGAUCGCCUCCUCUCAUCGACUCUCCCGCGCCUUUGAUUCUCCCCCCUCAAGCACCAGUUCCUAGGAUACCAUCACCUCCAGAACCAGCCCCAUGUCGACGAGUAAAGAGCUUCACAAUUAGUGCUUUACUCGGCGAAGGCUGA